CCUCCAACUAAACAACAAAAUAUAAGGCCACAGACUCUCGUCAGUUCAAUAAAAUUUUAACCAACCUGAACUUCAACCAAACAAACCCAAACCAAAAAUAAUGUCGGAGACUGUAUUCUCAAAACUCUCCGACGAUGUCAUCCUCAACAUAUUCUUCAAACUGGAGGACGACCCAAGAAACUGGGCCCGCCUGGCCUCUGUCUGCACUAAAUUUUCUUCUCUUAUUCGUAAUAUUUGCUGGAAGAACAAGUGCUCUAGGAGCAUGCCCGGCGUUGUCGCCGAUCUCCUUUCCACUGAUUCGGCCGCUCCACUGGACCUGUGGUCGUCCCUCAAUAAGCUUUCCGUCUGCUGCCCAGGCCUCCUUCACUCUGGCGUUUUGUUAGAGAACUCAGAUUUCGGCCUCGAGCGUGAGCUGGGCCCUGAUGCAAAUUAUCAAAGUUCUACUAGGAUCCAAUCAGCCACUCCGUCAACCGACACUGGCUCCAGCAAUCUAGAAUCUGGGACUCUUCCUGCUGAUUGUUCCUGGUCACUUUUUGACGAUCUUUAUUUUGACACUGUUUAUAAUAAUUCUGAGGCUCAAGAUGAUUGUGGGUUUGUUGUUGAUGACGUUGCAAAUUGUGUGGCUGAAGUGGGUCUCGACGUUUCUUCUGGUAAAAAGAGGAAAUUUUGUAGCAGAUCGGUUAAGUCGCAUUUGGCAUCUGGGGUUUGGAAUUUGAGUCGUGAGCAAGGCAAUAAACUUCUUGCCAGUAGAUUUCGAGGGGAUUGUUUGUACAUUUCUGACUGGCCAGGUUGUGUUCACACCGAAGAGAAGCGAAAUUACAUGCUUUUUAGAGGCAUUUUCAAGAACUUUAAGCGCUCUCGUGUUUGGAGAACCAUAAACGAUGGCAAUCGGAGCAAAAUUGAUAUCAGUUGCGCAUUUUGUCCGUGUAAAGAGACCUGGGACUUGCAUUCUGCAUUUUGUUUGAGAAGGGUUUUUGGGUACCAUGACGAUGGUGAACCUGUUGUUAGAGCUUAUGUGUGUGAAAAUGGCCAUGUUUCUGGGGCCUGGACAGAGUUGCCAUUGUACACUUGAUGCUGUUUUUCACUUGCUUGGUUUCAAUGAUAAAUUUCUAGUAAAAGAUGGAGUAGCAAAAAUAUGCAGGCCUGAAGGUUUUGGAAGCUAAACAGUUUAUUUUAUACCCGUAAGGCAGUAUUACUAGUGCAUUAUCCUCAAUGAAAAUGCUGAUGAAUGCAUCUUUGUUCCAUUUUUAUGUUUGUCAUUUGUGCAUUUCACUUAUAAGUACUCAACUUCAGAUAUCAAAAUUCAGUUUUUUGUCAAUUUGCCAUAGCCUCAUUAAUGUGGUUGUGCACGCCUAAUGUUGUGGAUUCAAUAAUGUGAUAUCUCUGGUUGAUAAGAUUUCCAUUUGUCGUGUGCACAAAAGUUAUGAUAGAAUGAAGAUAGGAAAAUAAUACCUGGUAAUUGGAUUGGGG